AGCUAUUUAAUUGCCUCAAUGGGGCUUCAAUUGCUGUGGAGCUUAGGACUCGCCUGUCUUGAUGUUUAUGCUUUGAGGGGAAAGAGAGACCUUCAAAGUCCUGUUCUAGUUAGCCUGUUUGUUGUGGGAGAUUGGGUUACAUCUAUAUUAUCACUUGCAGCUGCAUGCUCUUCAGCUGGAGUUGCAGUUCUGUAUGCAAAAGACUUACAUGUUUGCGGGAAGCAAUUGCAUCUGUCCUGUAGUAGGAGGUUGCAUGUUCAUUGAUCCUGAUAAUACUUUUUUAGCGAUCAUCCCAUGAAGAAGGGAAACAUGCUUGUUUACACUUUAUUAUUUGCCUCUUUCAGUGUUGUUUCUUCUCAUCUGCUGUUUGCACUGUGAAGAGUGUGUAAAGAAAUAUAUACUUGACCUCUUCAUUCACAGAUGAAAGAAAUAAAGAAAGGCAGUGCUGGGACUUGUAUUGUUGCACAAGGCCAAUUGAUCAUCAUCAUUAAAACCUUACACCGAACGAUAUUGAGGUCUUAGUACAUGGCAUAGAAAUAAUGUGAUUAUGUUAUCUACUUAUUUGGGACUCUAUUUGGAAUCAUAGAUCCAAAAUGUAAAAAAACCGAGUAGCUUAGUUGGAUGUAGACUUUGGACUGCGUAGGUAGGAUUGAUUGUGCUAGUGGUUUUCUGAUGUCUUGAUCACUUGAGUAGUUUUUUCUUUCUUUGUGAAUAAUGGAUCUAUGACUUAUUUUCUUUCCAAA